AUGAAGACUGCAGGGACAAAUUGUAAUGGGAAGAUUUGGUUCUUUGUGAAUGAGGAUACAGAUAUGAAAAUCAUUUCAGAUACUCCCCAGGAAAUCACUUUGAAUUUAUUUAUUCAUGAGGAAAACAGGUUCUUGGUAACUACCAUGGUGUAUGCUAAGUGUGAUGAUACUGAGAGAUUGCAAUUAUGGGACAGUAUAUACCAACUUGUUGGUAAUAUAGAUGCACCUUGGUUGGUUGGAGGAGAUUUUAAUGUUGUCCUGAAUGGAGAUGAGAAGAUAGGUGGGAAUCUUGUAAUCCCACAAGAUUAUGAGGACUUUGCAUUUUGUAUCAAUUCAUGUGAGACAGUGGACGCCGAUUUUAAAGGGAGCCCAUUUACUUGGUGGAAUGGAAGGGCAGGAGAUGAUUGCAUAUUUGAAAGAUUGGAUAGAGUUUUCACUAACUCACACUUGCAGCAAUGGUUUAGUAAUAUAAAAGUGGAGCAUUUGGCCAGAACUGGCUCAGAUCAUGCCCCACUCCUCAUUACUCACUCCUCAUUACUCUUGGAACUGAGGCUCCAAAAUUUUCAAACCUUUUAG